GCUACUUCCUGAAGCUAAGCAAACAAGAGCUAGUUAGCUAACAAAACAGAGAACCGGUGCUGCCCGUGACUUCAGCGUUAGUCACCUGAACUACCAUGGGCUCAGUUUCACAAGGAACCACCGCACGACAAAACAGGACACUUUAAUAUCACCGGCAAACCGUCACUGUUUAGCACCAGGUAGUCUGGUACACCGAACGUCACUUCGCGCACGUUAACGUAAACUGAAGUCAGUUAGCUUCAUUUUAAACACCUAUCCGUCUCUGUCCACCUUGGCGUCACCUCUUUUUGAUGGCAUUUUCCGGUUUUUCCCCUAUGGAGGAGUGUCAGUUCGUGCAUAAUGUCAAAGCUGAGCUGGAAAUAUUCCAGCAGACGAGCGACCCUAAAAGGGUGCUCCUGUUCCCCCCUUUACCUAGCAGACUGCGGUACUUGAUCCACAGGACCAUCGAAGACCUGCCUGAGCUGACCACCUUUUCAAUAGGAGAGAGCUGGUGCAGACGAGUGGUGGUCUGCUGUUCUGAGCUCAGGCUUGAGGUGGAGGAAGAAAGUGACCUUGAGAGCAACAACAGCCCCUGUGAGAUGGACAGUGAUAUUAAGCCUAAACCUUCAGUCCCAGCGCGGAACCGAGCAACUAAGAGGCCAGACAAACCGCUUUACAUGCCAAGAGCUGUUCGCCUGAGAAUGUCUUUACAAAACUCACAGACUGCCUCAGCAGACCAAGAGCUGGUCAGCCCAGCUUCAAGUAGCUGCAACUGCAUCAGCAGCUCAUAUGAAUCUUGUUCCAGACCUGAAACUACAAAAGACACAAAUUCAUCCUCUGCAUCAAAGCAGGAACCUGGCCCCAGUGUAGGAGACAGUGUCCUCAGUCAUGUUGGUGACACUUUAGAACUUUGUGCUCAAACCCUUCAUGAAGCUGAGUCCUCUGCAUUACAUCAGACUGUUUCCAGCUUAGCUAAUAUGACUCUGGAGGAUGAGGAUGAGGAAGCUGAGGAUCUUGCUAGCUUGAUCAAGGUACAUCUGAAAGAGGCAGUACAUUUUUCCAUUGAGCAUGCUCACAAUGACUACUCCUUGUAUGAGACAGUGUAUUUAAACCUGGAUGAGUUCCGCCAUGUGAUUGAGAUCUAUAACUUCCCAGCUAUGUUCAAAACAGAUGACCUUUUGGAUGCUUUCACAGAGUACAGUGAGGGUGGAAUGAAGAUCAAGUGGAUAGACAACACACAUGCCCUGGGGGUUUUCUCCAGUGAGUCUGCAGCACUUCAUGCCCUCUCCAUCUCCCAUCCUCUGCUGAAGGCAAGACCUCUGGCUGAAGGGAGUAAAAAAGCCAAAGGCAAGGCCUUCAGACAUGCAGAGUUUAUUCAGCCAGUGAAGGUACGCCCCAAAACAGACUGUGUUGUUGCCCAGCGGAUGGUGAGCAGAGCCUUGGGGCUGCAGGGUCGCAGCAAAGUGCAGAGAUACUGAAGAGAAAAACUAACUCUGUCAGCUGAUAGAGACAGAGAUCCAGCAGAAGCCUGCACCUGUUCACUGGCACUUUGAAGAGGCUCCACUGGUGCUGCAAACAGCAGGCUGAUUUAAGAUCACCAUCCAACACUGUUUUUACAGCAGCUUUGUAUGGUGAUAGAAAGAGUUUGAGGAGUUGGAUCACUAUUUAUAAAAAUGCAUAAGUGCUGAAUAACUAUGUAAGAAAAGCUCUGAUACAGAGAGAUUUCAAAGGAAAAUAACUGGAGGAAAUGACAGUUCCUAAUUUGUUCUGAUGUGACUGGACUGCCUGCUGGCUUGAAACUAAACUGUGUUUCGCAGGAGUUCAGGCAGGGAAGGUUUUGUUUCCUCUUCCUACAGGAAUAAAAAAUCAGUAAAAGUGGAAGUUUUAUGAGGGUUCACUGGCAGAGAUGGAUUCCAUAUUUGUUAAAAUGUUUUCAUUCGUUUAUGAAAAACUAAAAAUAAGAGUUGGUAUGUUUUGUUGUAAUUGAAUAAACUUUUUUGUAAGUAGGGGUUCAUCUUGAAGAGAGAAUAUCUUUUUACACUGUCAUGCACUUAUAGAAAGGGAAAAAUCUAUCUCAGUAUUUGGGGCUUUAAUUUAGCAGCCAUAUUUGUGCGUUUCCUCCAAGUGGUUUGGUUCCAUUUAAUUGGGCCCAGUUUGUGACUGUAAACCCUGAUCUUGCUUGUGUUUCCAGAGCCAGUGUCCGUCCAUCCCCGCGAUAGUGAAAAAAAUGACAGAGCUGGUCUCUCUGCUCCCACAAGGCUCAUUUGGUAAUAUUUUGGCUUUUUUUGUCACAAAAGACACCAAAAAUGUGAAAAGAAACUGAAUCUCAAACAAGAGCCGGCUCCUGUUGUUCAUGUGAAAGAGCCUCUGGACUAACUUGUUUGCAAAUGAUAAUGGCUUGUAACUUGCCUUGAACUGAGUUUUCAUUUCAGUCUAACCAGUGCUCAACAUGUUUGUUUACUGAAUAGUCCAUCACUGUUUACCUUAGAAGCAUGUUUAGGGCAAAUGAGGGAGGAACGCAGUCCAGCUCAGUACAAAACAGCGUGUUUUAAGUCUGUCCAUUUUGACACAAGCAAGUGAAGAUUUUUUCAACAAAUCAACUGACUGCAGUGUGUCUAAGUCCAAUCUUCAGGGUUAUAUAGCAAUGUUUGGUACUCCAGCAGAGGAGUGCAAAAAAAAGUAGGACAGUAUAGAUCAGUUAUUUUUUCACAUCUCCCAACUAUCAACAGAGGAAAUGCUUGUAAUUGCAAACCAAUCUGAACCAAAUCCAUCCAUCCAUUUUUGAGGGUUGCAGGAGGCUGGAGCUUAUUCAAGCUGUCACUAGGCGAGAGAUGCGGUACACCCUGGAUUGGUCAGUCAAUCGCAGGGCCUAAACCAAAUCGCUUGGUGGAAACAAAGCAUAAUGAAGUGGCAGCAAUUUGCAAGCUCACCACUAGAUGUCAUUAACCCUACAAUAAAGUUCUUAGUUUAGUUUUAGGAUUACUUCUCAGGACUUAGUUUAAAAUGUUUAUUGUAGAUACAGACUGUUUUUUAAAGGGGGUACAGAAGUCCAACUGACAAAUGUAAUGUAGUUAUUUGAAUAGAAUUAGAUCUGUUCUUAAGAUUGGACUAUUACUUUGAAAAGCCAGCAAUUUAACUCACACAUUAUUGUAAUGUCAAACUGCAAUCUUAGUUUUUUUUUUAAUAUUUUAUUUCAUUUUAGGUUUUUUAUUUUUUUAAACAGGUUCUGAGAUUUUAAGUUAUUUUUAAUACAUUUUUCUCUAUGUGAUACAAGUUUAACUCAGAAUUAUUUCCUUAAAGGCAGUGUUAAUUUCUUUCAUAAGUCACUACAGUGAACAUCAUUUCACAGGUUUCUGAUCAACUGAAGUUUGCACUUUGGAAAUCUCUGACUCUGUUACCAUCACCACUUAAACCCAGAGAUGUAUAAGUUUGUAUCUAGUAAAAGGAGUUUACUACUCCAUUUUCUGUCCUACUGAAAUGGAAAGUCUUCAUGAAUUGAUCUUUUGUUGUGCCUGGUCUGAUUGACAAGACUGUGGUAUGUACAGUAUUGUAAAAAGUAACUGUAAUUAAAGAGGAAAUUCAGGGAAAAGAAGUCUGUAUUGUAGCACUGAAUAUUAAACGUCCCAUUAAAACAAUAAAUGGUUUUAAACUAGA